UACUAAAGAAAGAACUAACUUGAUGGAAUAACGCGUUUUGCAUCGAAAAUAUGGCAAAGAUGUUAUUACCUCUGGUGCAUUUGUUAUUAUUUUUAAAUUCCAGUAUCGGGAAAAUUUCAUCCGUGGAGCCAUCCGACAUGACGCAGCACGACAGCAAUAUCGAACAAGCUACGGAUCAGUCUUCCGCGCGCGAAACCGCAUCGCGGGACAUGGUCUCAAUCAAUAUGUUCAAACUCUAUGAAAAGUACAGUAAGGAGCCUCACCGCCAUCGAGACGGAAAUACCGUGAGAAGUUUUAAAGCUAUUCCAGGAGUCUCCGCGAACAGCGUGUGGUUCCAUUUCAACCUGUCAACCAUCCAGGAGUCGGAGGUCAUCCUGUCCGCCACAUUCCACUUCCUGGACCAGCGUCCCCGCCACCGGCCCUGGAUCUGCCGGCGCUCCCGAAACGCUUCCUGUCGCAUCCAGCACCUCCAGCAGCUUCCCCCGUCCCAGCUCCUCUUCCGAGGAACGUCCCCGAACUCUGCCUUUGCCUCCCCGCUGGGCAACGUCACCCUGCCCCCUCCCAGGAGAGGGUCCUGGCAGACAAGGGAAGUCUCCGGUGUAGUCAAAGAGGCCCACGUCCUGGGAGAGCUCCUCAUCUCUGCAGAGUUUGACUUUGGGGUAAGGCCCCAGAGGAGCCAGGAGCGCCUCUCUCCAGCCAGCCUACCAUACGUCCUGGUGUAUGCCAACGACAUGUCCAUAUCUGAGCCCAACAGCGUGGCCAUGACCUUGCAGAGGUACGGGCCUUUCCCUUCAGGCGAGGAGCCCACCCGGUCCCCCAAUGCAUCUCCUCCAGCCUCCAGGCUGAAAAGAGAAGCAGUGUCCCCCCUGGACCAAAUACAGAACAAUGACCUGCCCGAAGUCCAGUUUCACACCCUGAAGAACCAUGAACUAUGGGAGAGCACUUAUUUUGUUCCCAAGAUUAAGCCCUCAAUGAAAGAUGGGCGAAAGCAAGGCCAGGACAGCAGUGACGGCUUGAAUAAGCCCCAGGUGCUGAGCUUUGACGAGAGGACCAUGAAAAAGGCUCGCAGGAGACAGUGGAGUGAGCCCAGGGUCUGCGCGCGACGCUACCUGAGAGUGGACUUUGCAGACAUCGGCUGGAGCGAGUGGGUGUUAGCCCCAAAAGCCUUCGAUGCCUACUACUGUGCGGGCACCUGCAGAUUUCCUAUUCCAAAGGUUAUCCGGCCCUCGAACCAUGCCACCAUCCAGAGCAUUGUGAGGGCGGUGGGAAUCGUUCCCGGCAUUCCGGAGCCCUGCUGUGUUCCGGACAGGAUGAGCUCUCUGAGUGUUCUCUUCCUGGACCCCAGCCGGAACAUGGUGCUGAAGGUUUACCCCAACAUGUCUGUGGAGACCUGUGGCUGCCGGUAGAACCACCCGGGAAAGAGCCUCAAUGCAUAAUGCAUAAAACAGAUUACAAUGAAUCGGACAGAGUGGAGCAGGAGAGACAUUCAGUCAGGAUAGUAAAAAGGAAAUACAUCUUUGGAUGAGACUACAAUGGAUGAACCCGCCAUGGAGGGAGAUGUGGAUUGUAGAUAAGGGUUUAUGGGUGGUGGGAUGCAGAGA